GUUAUACAAGGCGGAAGUGCAACAUUAUUGUUGUACCUGUCAACACUUGGCCACAAGAAAAGGAUUAAAAACGUGCUGCGGAAGACUAACAUGGUCGCUGCUUAAUUUUGACGGAGCAUUUGUUACUGGUAAGAACUUUGGCGUGAUGAUUGUUUAGUUUCGGGUGAACUUUUCGUGUCAGACGACACGUAGUCGGGCUGCUAACAGGAUUUAGCGUCGCGGCUAACUGACAGUGUUGUUUCGACACCUCCUGGACUGAACACAAGCACCUUCUGGAGUCCGAUCGUCGACUACGCUCACCACCAGUGCCUGAGUCGCCAGUCUGGUUUCUCUCCAGCUCGGGGCCGCCCCAUCCGUAAACAGCCUCUUCCAUCUGUGUCAAUGGCGGGACGCGGUGGCGCGAGCAGGCCUAACGGCGCGGCGGCGGCGGCCAACAAGAGCUUCCAGUUCAAGCUGGUGCUGUUGGGGGAGUCAGCGGUGGGCAAGUCCAGCCUGGUCCUGCGCUUUGUCAAAGGUCAAUUCCACGAAUUCCAAGAAAGCACCAUUGGAGCGGCUUUCCUGACUCAGACCGUCAGCCUGGACGACGUCACGGUCAAGUUCGAGAUCUGGGACACUGCGGGCCAGGAGCGCUACCACAGCCUGGCACCCAUGUACUACCGAGGCGCUCAGGCCGCCAUCGUGGUCUACGACAUCACCAACACGGACACGUUUGCGCGCGCAAAGAACUGGGUGAAGGAGUUGCAGAGGCAAGCCAACCCCAACAUCGUGAUCGCUCUGGCCGGCAACAAGGCCGACAUCGCAGACAAAAGAGCGGUGGAGCAUCAGGAGGCGCAAGAAUACGCAGACGAAAACGGACUCCUCUUCAUGGAGACUUCAGCCAAGACCGCCCUCAAUGUCAAUGAUAUUUUUAUGGCUAUUGCCAACAAGCUACCAAAGAUUGACCCUCAGGCGGGCGCCGGCCAGGCGGGCCGCAGCGGCGCAGGAGUGAACCUGAACGACACCGCUGCCCAGAGCCGCAGCAGCCGGUGCUGUAGUGGCGCCGUCGGCGGCGGAAGUGGCAAUUAGAGCCUUCGCGGGGACAACACUUACGAAAAGAAACACUGGAGGACAGGCAGAGCCCCUUCGCCUCCCCCCUCCUCCUCCUCUUCUUCCUCCUCAUCUACUCUUAAACUGAAAUUUAAGAUGAAAUUAUCUGGAGCCUCUUUUUUUAAAACCAAGAAUCACAAGCAAAGUGGGAUGAUCCCUUCUGACUGGUCUCCUUCCAUCUAUCUACCUCCCUCCUCAUUUUCAUCACUUCCUCUUUUCAAUCUGUCUUCAAUUAUUUUGAAUUUUUUUGGGGGGUGGUUGGUUUUUGUUUGUUUUGUCUCUUCCCAUUUACGCGUGGGUAUAUUGUGUGUAUAUUAUGUAUGUUUAUGUGUAUAUAAAAAACACAGUAUAUAUAUUUAUAUACACACAUGAAUACUAUAUAUAUUAUAUACUGUAUGCAUACCGUGUGUUGUAGCUUUCGUUGACUUCCUUUUCAACAAUCAUCAGGAAAUAGGCAUUUUUUUCCAGGAGUGUUUGUCUUAAUGAAGGUUGUCGUCGUCAUCAGUGAUUUGGAUAAGAAUUGUGGAAAUAAGGUGUACACAUGAAAUAUAAUAAAGCUCAUGCAAGACAA